UCAAACAAAUUAAUUACAAAACAAAGAUGAAAACCCAAGUUGAGGAGAGCUUCUCAGAUUUCCACGAGAAAUGGACGAGCCGAGUCGAGGAUCUUCUGCAGCUCGUUCUAGCCGUUUCCAGAGACGACCACUCCCACGACCCAGCCGUGUACGAAGCCGUGGCUAAUAAGCUGACGGCUCACCACAAGGAGUACUACACCUUCAAAUGGGCCGCCGCCCACGAAGACGUCUUAGCCUUCUUCACCCCUGUUUGGUUGACCCCACUCGAAAACGCCUUUCUCUGGUUCACCGGCUGGAAGCCGUCGGCUGCUUUCCGGCUCGUCGAGUCGUUAAGGGUGGCGACGAGCGGUGGUGGUGCCGCCGCCGCCAGCUGCCUCUCCGGCUUGACGGAAGAGCAGGUGAAGAAGAUUGAAGCUCUGAGGGUGAAGAUUAAAGCGGAUGAGGAUAGGGUGGAGAGAGAGAUGGAGAGGCAGCAGGUUUCCAUGGCUGACCGGAAAAUGGUGGAGCUUGCUAUGCUGGAGAGACGAGCCGGGAGGAGCGAAGGCGGCUCGGCUUCAGCUGCGGAUUUGGCUCGGGUGGAUGGCUUGGUGGAAGUGGCGUUGAAAGGGCUGUUGGUCGGCUUGGAGAAAGUGAUGAAGAUGGCUGAUUGUGUUCGGCUCAAGACACUAAAAGGGCUGCUGGAUAUUUUCAGUCCCAUGCAAGGGGUUAAUUUCCUGGCUUCCAAGGCAAUGCUUGAAUUGCAGAUCAAGAAAUGUGGCCAAAAACACAAUAAAAAUGUUUUGCUCAAAACUUUCUGAUAUAUUAACACACACAUAUAUGAUAUA